UUUCUUCAAGCAUAAGAUUUGAAGGACGCCCAGAGGCCACAAUCUGGCGCUUCGUCCGCUGCUCGAUAAAGCAUAUGAUGUUACUUGGAAAAUUCCCAAAUUUGAUCUCAAGACAAACAACUACCCGCUUUAGUACCUGCAACUGUCAUCGGUUCGUCCGUGAGCAAAAAGAAGCAAUUAGUGAGGACUAACAAGUCAAAGUUGGACAUUAGUAUUCUAUCAAUUCGUGAGAUCACGAUACUUUGGUCGUACCGUCGCCCGCUCUUUCGGAAGAAUGGCCGAUGAAAAUGAGAAUUCUGCUCCAUCAGUUCAAGAUUGCUGGAAGGCAAUGCAGCAUGGAUCAAAGAUGAUCAAACUGGAUGUCAGCAGGAAAGGCCAUCAGAAGAAAACAUUUGUUCUUGAUAAAGAGAUGAAAGAAAUUAGAUAUGAGCCAUCGAAGAAGAACUCACGGUUUAAGAUUGACAAAAUGACAGAAAUACAAUUUGGAGACAGCGUUAAGGACCUUUUCCAAGGAUUUUUGAAAAAGCACUCCCUCGACAAAUGUAUUUCCAUUAAGUUUGGUAACAAUGGGGGCAGUGCAGCCCUUAAUGUGGUGGCUGAAUCACGGGAAGUGGCAGACUUUUGGAUAAGAGGACUUCAGAGGCUCAUUGACAAUAAAGGUAAUCUCGAGAAAGAGGAUAAGGAAAAUCGUGAUCAAUGGCUCGUGGAAGCCUUUGAGAAAUUCGACAAGAACAAAGAUGGCUCUUUAGGUUUGAAAGAAGUCCAGAGACUUGUCGAAGCUUUGAACGUCAGCAUGAGUCCAAGUCAAGUGAAAAAGAAAUUUAAGGGUUGACAAAGUACCUCAAAUCUCCUGAGGGGGACAUCUUCAACCCCGCCCAUGACGAAAUUUACCAAGACAUGACGCACCCGCUGACCCACUACUAUAUUGCCUCGUCCCACAACACUUAUCUUCUACAAGAUCAGCUCCGUGGUCCGUCUAGCGUGGAUGCGUAUAUCAACGCUCUGAAGAAAGGUUGUCGUUGUGUGGAGUUGGAUUGUUGGGAUGGCGAGAACGGAGAGCCGAUUGUUUACCAUGGUCACACGCUCACCUCCAAGAUUCUCUUCAAAGAUGUGAUCGAGGCUGUUAAUAGAUAUGCGUUCGAGGUUUCAGAGUAUCCAGUUAUUCUCUCUUUGGAAAACCAUUGCAAUCUUUCAAAUCAAAAGAAAAUGGCUCAAAUACUCGAAGAAAUACUUGGUGAUUCCCUGUACAAAAUUCCUGUAGCUACGGAGUUUGAUACUUUUCCAUCUCCAGAUUUCUUCAAGAACAAAAUUCUCAUCAAGGGUAAGAAAUUAAAACUAGAGCAAGAGACAGUUGAUGACGAAGAGGGUGACGUCACAGAUGAAGAUGAAGCAGCUGAUAUCGAUCAAGAGGCAGCAGCGGUUGCAAUAGCAAAAGAAAAUGCGGGCGCGGAAGCGGGUUCGAGCGCAGGCGCAGAAGGACCCUCCUCUACCCCUGUUACUCCUCCAGUUAAAAAGAAAGAAAAGAAAUCGAAAAAGGAAAGCAUUCGUAGAUCUUUUCGUUCCGUUGGUAAAGUGGUCCGCAGUGCUGCUAAAUUUAAAGACGAAACAGAUCUAUCGUAUUCUGAUUCUGGUGAAGAAAGUUUCCAUGGUUACAUGUUUAUGUAUACUCCCGCCCGCUUCACGAGAGAGAUCAGCGACCAUAUGGAAUCAUUUUUAGGUUUUGAUGAAAAAUGCGGUAAGAAAAAGAAGAAGCAGACGCUGGCCAAAGAGCUCUCUCGCUGUGUAAACUAUGUGUCUAGCGUGGGAUUCAAGGGUUUUGAACACGCCAAACAAAACAGCAAGUUUUACCAGAUGUCUUCUUUUGUGGAAUCCAAAAUGCUCAACUUAGUGAACACUCAAGGAGCUGAGUUUGUUGAAUACAACAAGAGACAGCUCAGCAGAAUAUACCCAGCUGGAGGGAGAGUGGACUCAAGUAACUACAACCCUCAACAGGCCUGGAACGCAGGGUGUCAGAUAGUUGCGUUAAACUACCAAACGGAUUCUGAACCCAUGCACUUGAACCAAGGAAAAUUUAGGACAAAUGGAAGAGCAGGCUACAUUCUGAAGCCUAAAGUUCUAAGAGACUCUUCGUUAAAGUUGAAUCCUCUCACUAAGGCGGAAAUUCCCGGUGUGGAUAAGGUUACAUUAUCUAUUACGGUAAUUUCCGGUCAACAACUUCCAAAGCCAGCUAAAGAAGGAGAAAAAGGAGAGAUAAUUGAUCCUUAUGUAAAACUCGACUUUCAUGGCAUACAAGCCGACACAGCGUCUUUCAAGACGAAAGUUGUCAAAGACAAUGGUUUUAAUCCUGUGUGGAAUGAGAAGUUUGAAAAGGUUUUGCUGAUGCCGGAGCUGGCCAUGAUUCGAUUUGCAGUAUUCGACGAAGAUGUUGGAAUUGUAGACGAUUUUAUUGGCCAAUUCUCAAUUCCCUUCACCAGUUUAAGACCAGGUUACCGGCAUAUUCAUUUGUUGAGUAACAAAGGUGUAUCUCUGGGCUACGCUACUAUCUUCGUACACAUUGAGAUCAACGGCCCAGAAUCCAACAGCAAUUCGUCUUCACACAUGGAGACGGCUUCACCGACGAUUUCUAAGUUCUAGAUGAUGGUCAUUCAUUUCGCGAUUUCUCCAUCUUCUCCGCUGACUCGUCCCCAGUCUUCUAUCUACCUUUAGACAUUGCCGAGAUGUGCGCGCAGGAAAGAUGGUAGUGCUAGUCUCCCGCGAAAAAAACCCAGGCGACUAGGGGCAAAUUAGCCUUUCCUGCUUUCUGCUUCCGGGAUCUUUGGUCAACUUAGAUUAAUAGGGUGGCAAGUUGUUAACGUUUAUCAUAUGAGCGGAUCACUUUUCAGUAGACUGUCGCGAAACCAGAACCAUAAUAUUUACAAGCGCCAAUCAGGGCUUUUUUAAGGAACCAAUGAGAGCUUAUAAUAAAAAAAAGAGGUCUGCGAACGGUCUGAAGCGCGGGAAAACGCGACUGGCUAAGUCACUUCUGAUUGGUUUAGAAAGUGGCGCGAAAUGUGCUAUGCCUUCCCGGCGUACUCUUGACACUUGGUUGAAAACUGUCCGAGAAACGUCUUAUUUGUUUGGUUAGUAGUUUUGUUAAAAAAAAAAAAAAAAGAGUACAUGUUAAAUUAAUGGGAUGUAAGAGCAAUAGGAAUGCUUCUUUUAGUCAGGAGUCACAUAUUACCGGUGGUAAUGCCCAUCUGAAAAAAAUAGGAGAUAAAUUCUUAUCAGGGAAUUGAAUUUCAAAAUAAAUUUUUAAUUCGUUCAAAUGAUAUUAAGUGAUUAAUUUAAUUGUAAUUUAAGUACGACCAAAAGAAGUUAUUUCGCAAUAGUAUAUUUAAGGUAAACUUAAAGAAAUGUUUCUUAUAAUAUAGCUAUGAUAUUUAAGCUAGCACUUUCAUUUAGAAAUCUCAUCCCUUUGGGUUUUGAUAUAAGGGUGUUAUUUCUGAAUUGUUUUGAAGGGGAAAGAAUCUGAAAUGCGUUAUGAUUCGUUGUUGGUCGGAACCGUAUUUUUAUCGGGAAAUAGAAGCCUUAGAAGGAGCAAAGGAGAUUAUUCAGUUAAGGGCGUGUGUUUGUUUGUGUUGGAAUGUGACGGGGGGGGAGGGUGGGUGGCAACCUCGUUCCCAGGGCUUUUCCCGUUUUGAAUAUUUUGGCGGGCGGACAUUUUUCCCACCCGCCAAAAUAUUAAAAAAGGAAAAGCCCUGGGAACGAGGUUGAGUGGGUGGGUGCUACAGUAACGUUUGACUUACAUUUGAAGGCUUACUAGUGUAGAGAAUGAUAAUCAAUUUUUCUUAAGAAGGCACUUGAGGGAGUUCUUCAACGGCGACUUGUGGGCAUUUAGGGAGCAUUCAAGGUUGUUUUAAUGUAGUUGGUUUUUCUCUUUUUUAAAGGGCGGCAUAUACCCUAUAGGAAUUUCCCCUCCCCCCUGCAGUUGUCAAUUAGUCUUGUAUCCAAACUUUUCACGGUCAAGCAGUCGUAAGCUCAGUCAUGGUUACUCGGUUGAAUCUGGGUACGAGUUAGCUCUUAAGUACCAGUUAUCCUAGUGUAUCGUUAAUGUAGAGUCUUGUUUUAAGAUAACAGCAAUGUUUUGCUUGCUCUGACGUGAACACAAAAAUAUUAUAAAUUGUUAUCGAUGAUCACUUAUCUCUUAUUUAUGUGGGAAUUAUCAUUUUCCUCUGGUAUCAUAAGUUAUUUACUCCUUGCUGGGCGCAAGAAAAUGCGCUCCCCUGUUUCUAUGGGAUAGCUAUUUAAAGCACAUUUUUUAAUCCCCGUGUGAAAGUUCAAUUUUAUCAGCUAUCACUGUAGAUAUUAAGCUAUUGACGUUUGGAUUUAAUUUGGUGAAAAUAAAGUUUCUUCAAUUAA